CUCUACCUCUAUCCCUUGCAUCGAUACAUGCCUGACAUAGUCAUCUUUCAAAGUCUUCAUCACUGAUAGCUGCGAGUAACAAACAUGACGGCCUGCGCCCGUUGCCGACAAAAAAAGCGAAGAUGCGACCAGCAAUUACCGAGUUGUCGCCUGUGUAGACUCGCCGGGACAGAGUGUGUUGAAUAUGAUACUGUGGCUGGACGACAGGUCCCGAGAAGCUAUAUUCCCAAACUUGAACGACGCAUCGCCCACUUAGAAUCAAUCCUCCAGGAAAACGGCAUUCAUGACCUCCGUGACGAGAGUGCUGAGGAUCCAAGGCGUCCAUCAUCGACCAAUCUGACGCCAUCUCCGAGUGUUGACCUAGGGUCAGGGCCCUUGCCUCUAGAAGAACCCGUGGAUGACACUUUGCACCAGAUAGAGAAAAGUCUCAGUCCCGAUUUGAGGAGUUCGGUCGACAAAGUGGUAGGCUUAACACGCAGUGAGCCUGCACCGGACCUCUCUUUUUCUCGGAUCCUCCUAGCAGAGCUCAUGCACUCUACAAGUCCCUCUCGGCCAACGACCUCUGAGCCAACUUUAACGGAAGCUGCCAUAGUACAGAUCCCCCCUGACAUAGGGUCAAACUUCGACACAAGCGCAUUAUCGCUUCCGACUAAAGAAAUUGCUCAAAGCCUCGUAAAAGCAUACUUCCGAUUCGCAAGCAUAGCUAUGCCACUACUACACCAACCUACAUUUGAGAAAAAACUGGACCUCAUCUACAGCAUGCCUCGAAUCAUAAACUUGAGUAAAUCUCAUACGGAUGUCAACGCAAGGAUCGCUGUCUUCUUCGUCCUGGAGGUCUUCGCAGUAGCGCUUCUCAUCAUGCAAAAACAGGACCCAUCCAGGAUAUCAAUUUGGCUAGCAGAUCGAUACCACAAGGCGGCUCUUAGCGCCUUGAAUAUGGCGUCCAUUCCCAAUGACGUUGAAGGGAUACAGGCGCUCCUCCUCGUCGCGCAGUACUCCUAUCACCAUCCAACUGUCUGGGCCGCCUGGAGAACGGUAGGCGCGGCUCUUCGACUUGCUGUGGAACUCGGUUUACAUGAAGAUGUUUCAACCGGGUUGGACUUUCUUGCUCUUGAUACAAGGAGAAGGACUUUCUGGGUGGCCUAUGCAAUGGACCGAAACCUCUCUGUAGGCAUGUCUAUGCCGUCGUGUUUAUCGGAUGGGGCAAUAUCUGCACAGUUCCCAAGUGAUGCAGAAGAUCAAUUCAUCACGCAAGACGGGAUUAUCUCAACGGAGAUAAGUACUGUCCCGAGACCAAAGCGUCUCGCGUUGCACAUGUUGCGAUAUCGCCAGAUUCAAUCGGAAUUACGGCACAUGCUAUGGGAACAGCUGUCACCUUACGCCAAUAUCAACUUUAGCGAGUGGCAGCACCAAAUGCGAGCUCGUAUUGACAAUUGGUACCACAGUAUUCCUUGCGGCAAUAACCUCGGCAAGUUUGAAAACAGCAUCCUCCAGACUUUCGAAGCUACCUAUAAUACGGCAUUGUUGCAUCUGUAUCGCCCAUCACACAAUAAUCCAUCACCACCUGCGCAGCAGGCAGUACACAUGACUCGGGCUGCAAUCAGGAUGAUUCAACUAUACACAGUUUUCUUUCGCCAGAAGCAGUUGACAAUCUACUGGCAAUCGAUAGAAAACAUAUUUUCCGCAGGCACAGCUCUCAUGUCGGCUUACGCUCAGUUUUCAGAGGUUCAAGAGCUCAUUGAUCUCCGCUCUCUCGAAUCACUAAUUCACUCAUGUUCGUCACUACUAUGGGGGAUGGUGGAGCGAUUUCCUUCAUUUCAAGGCAAACGCGAUGUUUUUGAUACCACAGCAUCCAAUUUCCUCGAGGAGCUCAACGCCAGUCCUUCAAGGGCUACGAUUUCGCAGGGUUCAUUUCUCCCAAUGAAUUUACCUACCAGUGAGCAGUAUAUCCACGAGGUUGCCACUGAGAAUGUCGAGCUUUCUCCAUUACAUUUUGGCGGCCCGAGUCUAAUGUCGCAUUGCCCUGAUGAAGACUUGUGGUCUCAAUUCUUCAGCUUAGAUGAUUUUAUGUUCCACGUAAAUUAAAGAGAUGACUCCUCAACGAGGGAAUCCAAUGUUUGAAUUGACGGCAUUUUCGUUUUCGACGUCAUAGUUGCCAAGGCCCCGCUUGGGUUUCAGGGUGCUUGAAGUCAUAAGGAUUAAUUUGAAGCUCAAGGUACUCUAAUAAGCGGGUUGAACUUAAUGAAUUAUCAAGCCUGGACAUGCUUGGGUCGAAGGAAUAAUGCUGGUGCAGGGUAGGUGAUUUACCAAGGGCCUGAUUUGGCUGGAUUUAGCUUGACUGCUGGU